CAGCCGGGGAUGAGGGAUCGUAUAAACACGUCGCGUGGAGGACGUGGUGGGGGCUUAUUUACUCGGCGUUCGAGCCAUGCUGGAUCGACCGAUCGUCGACGAAACGGCGAACGCCAGUCCGCGAGUGACACUUGCCGUGAUCGCGCGAUCCUCUUGAGUGAACUGGUGCGCCCUCUGAUUUCUGCUCCGACGUGGAAUUACGACGUGUCGAACUCGUGUGUCGUAUGUGUUGAUCAGUGUUCCCUAUUGUUCGGAGACUUGUAUCUGCGCGUAGCUACGUAGAUUCGCGGAUCGAUUUAAAUAGAUCAUCUUUUCGGAGGCUUCUACGCGGUUGGAUCUGUGUAGAUCUUUCGUAUUUCCGAUAUCGAUAUUAAAUUAAUCGAAUCGUCGUCGACGUGGACGUUAGCGUGUGUGUCACGGAUUUCCAUCGGUGCAAUUCGGUGGGUCGCGAACACGUGGACCGCGCUGACUGACAUGGAACAUUGCUCGACGGGCAAGAUCAGGUACCAAGCCAGAGCGCGUGGAUCGAUAGCUGCGAUCGUCGUCGAUCUUCAGUCGGUGCGCGUGGCUCGUUGAGUGGCAGAUCGCUUCGGGCCAGCGGUCCUCGGGGAUCUAAUGGCACCCGACCUUGAGAAAAAGCGGCAGGAACUCAGGAGGACCGGCAGCGGUAACUUAGAAUCGGGCCACGAACACUUUCAGAUGCUCCUCCAGCUCCAGUGCGCCGGAAAUGCGUUGACCGAGCACUAUCGACAUGGUAACAAUGCAGGAGGAAGGUCGUCAGCGGUGACAGGAUCGGUUCAAAGGAGCACCGUCACUUCGAGUAACCGCGCCCACUCCGCCACCAGGAGGAUCAGUCAUCAGCAACGUCAGCAACAACAGCAACAACAGCCAAGGAUACCCUUGGGACCCUUACGAAACUCGGAUGAUCACGUGUCGAGGGCCAACUCGGCACAGGACGUUUGCGACAACUCGAACGACUCGGGGCUUGGCUUCGAGGAACGACAGCAACACCUCACCACCGCAAACGCUUGGAACGGCGCCGGUGAGGAGGACUCGAAGAGGAGAAAGAUGGACAUCAAGCUCGAGUCCGAGGACGCGAACUUCGCCUUCCCCGAGGUUGCGAACAACACGAGCCCCGACAGCAAAACGUCCAGCAGGAGAACGUCGAACGGUAUAGGGUUGGCCACCAUCUCCAGCAGCAGGAACGGGACCGCUGGAAGAGUCGUCGACGGGCCCAGAUCUCGUCCAGGCAUGGGUGUCCUCAGCAAGAGGCCGCCCACGGCUCACCAUGGACCCAUCACUCUCACCUCGCAACUAUGUAGCGCUUCCGCGGAUGGUAAGGCCCAGUUGCAGAUCAUCUGCCAGCCAGAGCAGCAGCAUCGGGCUCGUUACCAGACUGAAGGUUCCAGGGGAGCGGUGAAGGAUCGCACAGGAAACGGAUUUCCAAUUGUUCGUCUGGUCGGCUACGACAAACCUGCGACACUUCAAGUUUUCAUUGGCACGGACCUCGGUCGUGUCGCGCCCCAUAUGUUCUACCAGGCCUGUCGCGUGAGCGGCAAGAACUCGACGCCGUGCGUCGAGCGGAAAAUCGACGGCACCAUCGUCAUCGAGGUGGACAUGGACCCGUCGAAGGACAUGCUGGUUACUUGCGACUGCGUGGGGAUUCUCAAGGAACGCAACGUAGACGUGGAGCACAGAUUUCCGCAGGAGGCUGGUAUCCUUCAAGGUCGCAGUAAAAAAAAGUCGACGCGUUGUCGCAUGGUCUUCCGCACGGCCCUCACGCACCCUGAUGGCACCACGGAGACUUUGCAAGUCUGCUCUCAGCCAAUUGUUUGCACUCAACCACCUGGUAUUCCGGAGAUCUGUAAAAAAUCACUCACGUCUUGUCCAUGCACCGGAGGAUUGGAACUGUUCAUUCUCGGGAAGAACUUUCUCAAAGACACUCGCGUGGUGUUCCAAUUAGACAACGACGACCUAUCGAGUAGCUUAGAACCGCACUGGGAGUGCGCGGUCUUACCCGACAAAGAGUUCCUGCAACAAACGCAUCUGGUGUGCGUCGUACCCGCCUACAGACGGCAAGAUCUGGCCCCCUCGGAAACGGUCUGCGUAAAAUUAUACGCGGUGUCUUCUGGCAAAACCAGCGAACCCCACACGUUCCUCUAUACCGCUGUGUCCACGCCACCCGAGCCAUCGAUCGGCAAAGUCGAGCCCAUAAGUCCACCUCUUUCCACAACGAGCGGCGAAACUACCCUCGCGACGUCCCCUGCAGCUGUGUCUCUGAACACGGGUGUAGCAGCGAACACUCUAAUGACCCAAGCAGCCGCGGGAGGACCGAGCUUCCUGUCCACCAUGCAACCGCAACAACAACCAUCUCAAACGACAGAGACUCUUAAGAGCGAUCCGAGUCCGCCACCGGUAACAGCGUCUUCUCAAGUAUCGUCGGUUAUGAUGUGGACCACUCAGAGUUCGAAUUGCCAGAAUUCACCGCCCGACGUAAUGAUGCCUCCGCCAGCGUUGGUAGCGAAUCCAAUUCUGAACCGUAGAUCUUCGUCGAACCUUCAACUGAUCAUGCCGGACAACUUGAAGACAGAGGUGAUAGACGAGAAUAGCGAGAACAGUAUGAUCAGCGAGAACAGCAUGCAGAGCAUACCUACUCCGACUGCGAGUGGCUCGACAGGCACGAGUCCGCUGCAGCAGCUGGUUACCGAGAACUCGAGAGAAACGUCCCAGGCUAACAUGAUCAGAUCGGUGCCAGUCACUUCGAACGGCUCCCCUGUCCAGGAAGCGGUGAAUCUCCUCGGGGUUGUCGACAUGAUGCGGAAUCAGCAUUCGUUGUCGAUGGUGACGGCGCAUCAGACCACCUACGGAGGUAUGCACGAAUCGUCUCAAGUCAAAGUUCUAAGUCCUCACCAUAUCAACAAAGACACUAACCCGAUAUUGACGACAGAAGGCAGCCCUAACGGAAGUCUUCAGGGUGGCGGUGUCGUUGAUCUUCGUAUGAAACACCAUCAGUCGGAGUUUGGUGCUCUGUCGAACUUCGCCUCGUCGCCUAACGGGCCAGCGUUGCCCGCGCAGACUAAUCAUAGCCUGGAGAAAUACCUGAACGAUAUCGAAUCUAACGUUAAAGAGGUCGAGGAUCAAGAGAACGGCUACGUGGCCAAUAUACAGCAACGAGCUUCCAUUAUCGCGACAGGACGACAGCCACAGCAAGGACAAUCUUCCAGCAUGAUGGCACCUGCAACUCCAGGCGUAAAGUUGGACACUCUCGUUAAUUCCGGGGCGGAAACCCAUCAGAUGGUGUCACCCCUUCGUACCGUGAACCCCAAUAGCAGCACCAUGAUGACACACGUGAACCCGGUUAGCGAUCACGAAACGAUACCGAGUCCCCAACAAACUAGAACUAGCCCGACCAUCCCUGUAAAGACUAUGCUUCUCGAAGCGUUGAUGCCGCCCCAAACCGUUCAGCCUAUGACGUCGAACGUAGCGCCAUCCGUCUCGCCUCCCGCAUCGGUGGUGCAAGAGCAGACUGCUGGUGACAAUUUACUCACAACCAUCAACGCUGCCCUGAUGCCGUCGAUGCAAGAGCCGCCAGUCACAGCGACAUGUACGUCGAACGCUACAGUUACGGUUCCGGCCCAUAAUUCGUUGCAAGUAACGAACGAGACAAUGUCAACAGCGGCUGAUCACAUUCCCCAAAUUCAAGGACUCAUUCAGUCGGACGUUGUGGCGAUGCAACAAGUCCAGCAAGUGGAGCAGGUUGUCGCGCAGGCACAGCAGCAAGUCGAACAGGUUGUCGCCCAGGCGCAGCAGCAAGCCGUACAAGCUGUUCAACAAGCUCAACAGCAAGUAGUACAGCACGUGGUGCAACAUGCGCAGGUUGUUCAGCAGGCUGUGCAACAGGUGCAAGCGGUGCAACAGGUUCAAGCCGUGCCAGCAGUACAGCAGGCUGUACAACAAGCCACCCAGGAGGCAGUGCAGCAAGCGGUGCAACAGGCAACUCAGGAGGUGGUGCAGCAGGUCCAAGCUGUACAGCAAGCGGUGCAGCAAGCGCAAGCUGCGCAAGCUAUGCAACAGGCGGUGCAGCAGGACAUAGGUUCCAUGUUGAAUCAGCCUGCUGGCUUUGUCGCCGAGGCUAGCUCUGCCCUCGCAAGCGGAGCAGCGCAGGAGCCAUCGCAGCAGCGAUUGACGACUGCCGCGGAACAAGCGAUCAAUAAUGUAAUUACAAAUGCCACUCAGGAUAUUAUCAACAAUCGACCUAUCACAACAACAACGGCACACGCAAUCAUCGCAACGAAGAAUAUAUUGAACAGCGUGGCUACUCAAAGCGCGCAGUUAAUGAACAGUGCUAUGGAAGGUAUUUUGCCUAAAUCUCCUCCUAGCCAGAACAACAUCGUCGAACAAGUCACGAGCAAGUCACCGCCGGUUGCUCUACCCGUGACACCCAACAGACAGAACGUAAACGCACCUAUAGCGAACGCGUCUGGCAACGCGGGUGGAACGACGAUUAGGAAGCAAGAGGACGGUAUGCUGCCUCAGGAGCUUACUUCGAUGUCGGAGCACGAUCUUUUGAGCUACAUAAAUCCCAGCUGUUUCGAUCAAAGCGGUUUUCUUAUGUAGUGGCGCCGCAUUCUUGUCGUUAAAAAUAAAACUGUACAUUGUAUUCGAGACGAUCGGAUACGAAACGAAUUCACUAAUUCCAGCCAGUUGAGUACGAGAAGUGUAUAUCCUGGGCUCGGUACGAAUUCUAUAUCUGUGCCACAUUGUCGUUUCAGACUUUGUAUGUGAUAGAAAUGAAAAUCCGCUUUUGUACGACGAAUAAUGGACGAAGUUUGCACCAUCUUUCUAACGAAACGAAAACUAUUAUCAUGUUAAGUAAGACGGGCGCACGAGAGCGCGACAAUUAGGGUUUUCCUUUAUUCUUCCUCUUUUUCUACGAGUUGUCGAUUGUGAUAAUUCAUUUUAUUUAUCUCUAUCAAUGCCUCUUGCGCAUCCAGGUGCCUUUUCCCCUAUUGUAAAGUAUCUCGAAUUGGUCUUUCUCUCGCAGUCAAGGAGCAUCGUGAAUACGAGAUUGCGUGUGUAUGUGUCCUAAUAAUCGACAAUGUGCUGACCCCACUCAACUCUAAGUGGAGCCACGGAAUUGAGUGUAGCAAAAGUUACGUUUCGCUGUACCUUAAAAGUAGACUAUCCUGCGGUUCAUCGAUACAUCCGUUCUUUUUGACUUGAUUUCAUUCUAACAAAUGGAUCAUCUUGUUGUUUGACGUCGUUUCUAUUAUAUUUCUAAGUAUAAUAUAUUUCGUAUGUUGUUUAAUAAUUGAAUCUUUUUGUUGCUAAUUAAUACCAAUAAUAGAAUAUUAUGUGAUUGCGUUGAUGAUGUUAUCGAUAACUAAUAGACAAACGACAGAGAGAUUAUAUUAUAUGUCGGUAUGAAGAAUAAUUAUUAUAGAAGUAUAUAUCAUUGAGAUAUAUAUAAUAUAUAUUUUACGUUUACCCAAAGAGAGAAGCAGAUGAUCGGACAAAGUGAGCUUAUUAAAAAUAUAACGAAGUCUAUAUUAUAUAUUGUAACAAGUUACGCAAGGGUUCUCCCUUUUGUUCAAGAUGAGGGGUGCUAUGUACCGCGUGUACGAAUACUCGCCAACAUUAUUUAGUAGGAGACAGAUUUUAUAAUAAAAUAUUGAAACAUUUAUUGUCGUGAUAUGUCUUUGUAGCAAAAUAUAUACAUAUAUAUUUUAUAUCGAGCAUCUGUUACGUGUCACGUGUUUUAAAGGGUCGUUAAAAAUAAGAGCAUGAAUGCUACAUUAAUGAAAUAAACAAAUCAUUGUACUACGUGGUAUGUACUUCGUGAAAUUAUUUGUAACAUUUACUGUACACUGUACGCACAUCUGUAGCGUUAUCAGCUUAAACAUUGAAAACGAAAAUCAUGAGCAUGUAUUAUCAUUUUACUUCUGUAAGUUGAAUAAAUGUUUCACAGCA